AUGUCGAGCAUGACGCGGUCAAUAACGCGCAAGUUCAAGAAACUUGGCAAAGACACAUCUGCCAGACUAGGCAGUAUUGGAAGCAGCAACAGCAGCAGCGAUAGCAGCGACAGAGAAUUCAAGCAUGGUGCAGACUGUGAGAUGAGUUCACCAUCGAGUCCAGCGUCCAGCAGUGGCAGCAGCAACAAAACCAUCACCUACGCAUUCGAUAGCCCAUCCAGCGACGCAUCGUCUUUUACAAUCACAGAUGGAGACAGUAGUAGUCGUCGCAGUAUACGCUCCUCACAAGCAGCCAGCUUUAUGGAUAACGCUACAAAGCGGCUUUCCACAGGCUCAAGUGUAUACGACCCUGGCUAUGGCGCUGGUUGCUUUGCCGUCAAUCUGGAGGAACUUUUGGCUGAGCAGGACUUGCCAGAGUGGAACGAUCCAGAGGUGCAACAACUAAAGCAAAAGGGCCUGCACAAGUACACAGCUCAGGACUACACAAGUCUGCUAUGA